UUACAUCAGCCGUCACCCUCCGCCCCUGUCUUACAGUUCUGUGGUAAGAAGCGAUCACAAACGCCACGCGUUUCUUACAGUUGGAUAUCAUCAUAUUAAGAUCUUGGAGUAACUUGGAGUUGUAAUCUAUAUUACAAACGGACUAAAAAGAUUAACUUGAAGCAUCAACUGUCUCGUGCACACCCCCACACACAAAGCGCGCGCACGCUGAAGAGCGAGUCUGCGCUCGCUAACAGGUGUUUGACACACACGGCUGUCCUGUGUGCUGUGACCGACGUUUCUUGGGAUGCUGCAAAACGCGUGUAGCAUUUUCUACGUUAUUGGUCAGAUAGUGACAUUACAGACGCGGUUAGAUUGCAGCUAUUUGAAUGUAGCCUACUGUAAACCAGUUUAGGGUUACUUUCUUUCCGAAGAAUAGCCGCAACGUUUAAGAAAUGCGUGUACUAUUACCUACGUAAUUUUGUUUUUACCCUGUAUUAGUUUACUCUACUGACGUACGACAAAUGGCGGUUAAUAGUAAAUGAGGACUUGGACGUGAGCUUUCAAGUGUAAGUUUUCUCUGACAAAUCUGUUGUGGAGGAAGUGAGGAACUGUGUCCGCUGAAAGUUUUGGGUGUCGCGCCGUCAAACUGGCCAUGGCUGCGGCGAUCGCCAGCUCCCUGAUCCGGCAGAAGAGGCAGGCGAGGGAGCGUGAGAAAUCAAACGCCUGCCGCUGCGUGAGCAGUCCCAAUAAAACCAAAGGAACAUGCGAGAAACCCAGUCGACUCAGUGUUUUCUCCAGAGUCAAGCUUUUCGGCUCCAAGAAGCGCAGGAGAAGACGUCCAGAGCCCCAGCUGAAAGGGAUCAUAACGAAGCUGUACAGUCGACAGGGCUUUCAUUUGCAGCUCCAAGCAGAUGGAACCAUUGAUGGCACCAAAGAGGAGGACAGUGGUUUCACCAUGUUCAACCUCAUCCCAGUGGGUCUGCGAGUGGUGGCCAUCCAGGGAGUUCAGACCAAACUCUAUCUGGCCAUGAACAGUGAGGGCUACCUGUAUACAUCAGAACACUUCACACCAGAGUGUAAGUUUAAAGAGUCUGUGUUUGAGAACUACUACGUGACGUACUCCUCCAUGAUCUAUCGGCAGCAGCAGUCAGGCAGGGGCUGGUACCUGGGCCUAAACAAGGAAGGAGAGAUCAUGAAAGGCAACCAUGUGAAAAAGAACAAACCUGCUGCACACUUCCUUCCCAAGCCUUUGAAAGUGGCCAUGUACAGGGAGCCCUCUCUGCACGACCUGACCGAAUUCUCGCGCUCUGGCAGCGGCACGCCCACCAAAAGCCGAAGCGCCUCGGCUAUGCUGAACGGAGGCAAAGCUGUGAGUCAGAACGAAUCGACGUAGCCCGGCUAUCCCGGCCCAACCUUACGCCUUCACCAAAACCUCUGAAUGCUUGUGACUUCACACAGACUUCUCUCCAAAAGCUCUCAGCGGUUCAGGACGACGUAAAACAUGAAACAUAGCAUAACGUGACACUUUCCAAAUUAGAGUAACGUUUGAUCGGUCUUUUUUACAGUCAGCUCAUUUUGGUUUGUUUGGCUUUUUUGAUUUUUCAAUAGAUCACCACUAUAAUAGCCUUCUGCAACACAAAAAUUGUAGCCUUUAAUGCAAUGGGACAUUUCUUUUCAAGUCCCUAAAUUGUCUUUGGGUUUAUCUUUAAAUCAUCGAGGUUCAUCGACUAGCAUUGCGGGUCCUGAUGCAUUUCUUAAGAAUUCAGGGCAGUAAGUGAGGGUUUAGCUGCUUGGGUGUCCUCCAUGCUUCCUGAGUGUGAAGUGAUAGAGAAGCCCCUUCAUCCCCAGCGUGUAUGGGGGGCUGGCGCUAGCUCUCCUGCGUUCUAGUGCACUCGCUAAGAGGGCGUGCUCUCUAGCAUGGGAAUAUAAAGCCUGCAUUUUGCUCACACGAAAAGAGACGUCGAACCUCUCGGAUCUGAGAGGCGGUGGAUCCGUCUUGCUUGCUAAUUGAUUCAAUUAGCUGUGAGCUUUUCUUACUUUUCUUCCUCUUGUUCUUCCCUCAUAUCAGUGUUUUUGAAGUUCAAAGAGUGACUGAAAAUCCAGCACACCAAAGACUGAACUGCGAGAGUUCCCCUCGAGAUGUCAGACCAUAUAUACAUACUCACGAUGGGAGGUGACAAACUGGUUUUGUGUACAUUUUUAAGAGGUUUGGGGUGGGUUAAGUGGUGUGGGUUGUGAGGGGUGGGCAGUAUUUUAGCCAGUUUUUGCGAUUUGAGAAGGCUGUUUAAUGUCUUCCCUUCUGUAUCUUUUGUGUCCCGUUGUCUCCAAGUUCCUUUAGUCUGUGAGCGUGGUUUUUGCCUUUCCCGUCCAUGUCUGUUAUCUUUUGGUUAAAACUGUUAAAGCAGACAUGACAGUGAAGUCCCACCUGGACUUUUGUUUUUUUUGUGUAUAAGUAAGUUGCGGUGGUGACCAUUUUCUAUUUCAGCAAGCAAGCAAAAAAGAUACUGUGGAUUUUAAGUUGAUUGAAAUUUUGUAAAAGUGAAAAAGAAAAAAAAAUUCUUGUACAGGGCAUGUACAAAUCAGGUUGUGUACAAUAAGGACCUUUAUUGUAGGCUGCAGUAUGUAUUCUUUUCCUCUGGCAACAUAACUUCAUACAUGCUAUGGGGGUCCUUCUCUCUUCUUUAGUCUUCUGGGUUAUUUUCAUAUGUUAGAUGAACAUACAGUAUCUGUUGCAUGGAAGACUGCAGACAGGUGCCGAAUAGAGCUGCAUGAUGUAGGUUAUGUGUAUUAACUCUUUGUUGGAUCAUGUGUUCCAAACUACCAGGAUUAAACUGAUAAACAACAUGUAUGUACUGACCGGCACUCUGCCUGGUACCAUCAAGUUGUUUCUUAUUUGUUGUGUACAUACAAUGCACUGAAUAAAAUGUUUAUAUUAAGAUAUACUUUUAAAA